UUGGGCGCCCAACCUCACAGUGUUUAUAGGUUGGUUCUUUGUCGCUUGGGGACUGUGCGACACGACGGCCCGACAUUUCCAUUUGGGGAGUGACCUAACGCAUAAUGCUGAAAAGUGAGGUUCUCUGAGCGGUUGCGCCCCCCCCACCGUGUUUGGAAGGCGCGGGCUCUGAGCACGCGCGUCGCGGCCUCCGUGGAGUCGGCGCCGUGGCGACUGAUUUUCAGAAUGGCUGUAGCUCCACAAGCACCAGGGAGGGGCUCUGUUCGGAAGACAAGACCUUUAACUGUAAAGACAUCGCUGAACAACCCAUAUGCUAUCUGCUGGAGUGCUCUGGAAAGAGAGGAUAUGCAUUUCAUAUUACAGACACUUGAAGACAGAUUUAAAUCAGUUGGACUUCAGAAGAUUGAGGAUAAGAAGAAAAAGAAAAAGCAGUCUCUUUUAAAAAAACAAAGCAGAGACAUGGUUAGCAUAGAUGUUGAUACUAAUGAGGAUCUGAAAGAAAAAAAGCCAGAAGAUAAUCAGCAGGUGUCUGGGUGGACUCCUGCCCAUGUCAGGAAGCAGCUGGCCAUCGGUGUCAAUGAGGUCACCAGGGCUCUGGAAAGGAAUGAGCUGCUCUUAGUGCUGGUGUGUAAGUCAGUCAAACCUGCACUCAUCACUGCACACCUGAUCCAGUUAAGUGUAAGCAGAACUGUUCCUGCUGGGCAGGUUCCUCGGCUCAGUGAGAGAAUCGCACCUGUCAUUGGCUUAAAAUGUGUCCUGGCCUUGGGCUUCAAAAAGAACAACACUGACUUUGUUGAUGAGGUAAAAGCUAUUAUUCCCAGAAUACCCCGCUUGAUUGUACCAUGGCUUCAAGACAGACUUGAAGACUUCAGCAAAGAUUCACAGACUGAACCUUUGGAAAGCCAAGAUGAAGAGAUUUUGGAAACUUCCUUUGAAGACCUUGCAAAACAUAAGAGAAAGUUUCUUGAAGGUCAGCAGGCGGCAGUAUUACAACCCCUUAAAAUAAAGAAACUGAUUCCAAACCCCAAUAAGAAAAGGAAACCACCCAAAAGUAAAAAAUCUACUUCGAAGUAAUUUUUAUAAACAUGUCAUUUCAUACAGCUAUAAAGUGACACCUCAUAAAGAUGCCUUGAAACUAAUUAAAUGAGUUACUUUUACACAUGUUCUUGCCACAGUUUGUUAACAUUCCUCUCAAAUGCCUAAGACAUGGUGACCAUAUAGCACAGAUAAACUGAAGUUUGCUACUAAGUGCAGACUAUUCAGAAGUAUGAAUGUCAAAACAAGUUAUUGAAACUAAUGUCCAUGCUUGCAUAAAUCACUUAAAAGGCUGGUACGUCGCUUGUAAGAACAUCUGUAUCUGGUAGCACUUGGGUCUAGCUAGCAGGGUAGAUGAAUCUGAGCUGCAGGUACAUCAGUUAUACAGGAAAGAUAGUGAAUGUCCAGCACUACACUGUCUUCAGAGAUGACAUUUUGUAUUUCCUGUUGACAUGGCAUUCUUUGUGGGAAGGCGUAUGCAUGGCCAUGGGGCAAAGAAAGGUUUGAUAUUUUGGGAAAAGCCAGAUAAGGUAUUUUGACUAGUCAGAAUUAACCCUUUUACAUGCAUAACUGACUUCCUUGGAGAUGUGAUUAGGUGAAGUGCAGCAGAAAGAGAAUUCAAACAAUGAACUGAGGAGCUUGGGGUUUUAGGGUUGAAUCUGUGCAAUCACAGGGGUCCUUCAUCUUAGGAAAUGGAGCCUAAACAAUGCUCUAUUUAAAAGUGCCUGCUAUUUACAGUAUGUUUGGAAAAGUUACUUUCUGCAAAUUAGGGGGAAGGCAUUCAAUUGCCAAGUUUAUUUUAGUCUGAUUCAUGAUUAUGCCAUCUCCACUCUUCGAAGUUUUAUUGAUGCAUUUUCACUAUUGACAAAGAUGCAGCACAGUUUUUUUUUAAUAUAUUGAGACAUUACAUAUUGCAUUGAAAUUUAGUUCUAAUAGCUACUUUAUAAACACAAGCAUUUUACCAAUUCUCCAUUUUAAAUAUUCAUUGGUAAUGCUUAAAUUAUAAAGAGGCUGUAUAUGCUAUAUAUGCUAGUCAUUUUUAAAUGUGAGCAAAAGAAUAUGGAACAAUUGGAAUUCUGUAAAAUUCUGUAAAACAAUGCCAGUUUUACCAUGAGGUAAACAAGUCCAUGACAAAAUUUAUGACUACCCAUUAUGCAAUUUAUUUGUAAACCUACUUAGAGUAACACUUUGUGCCAUAAAAAUGUGUGGAACAUAAUUCCUAAACAGAGCUUUGACUUCAGACUAAGUUAAAAUCUCAUUUACUUAAGGCUGGUGUCUCAAAAAAUGUUUAAGUGAAAUGGUUCUGUUUGGCUUUAUUAAGCCUGUCUCCAGUAAGAACAGUAAAGAGAUGGGUUUGAAUCAUCCUAGCAUGCACUACUCUGUGCGCAGGUAUGCCCUCUAGUGGCAGUCUCAGGGAUAUCAGCUAUGGGUUGGUCUUCAGAAUAAAGAAGCUGCAGUAAAUGCCUCUCAGCUCCUUACUAUAUAAAUUAGGGUCAUUUUUUUUUUUUUUCUGUAAAUGGCCAGAUGAUAAAUGUUAGGCCUUUAGGGCUACUACAGUCUCACUCUACCUUUUGUAGCAUGAAGCAGCCACAGGCAAUACAUAAAUGAGUUAAGUGUGGCUGUGUUCUAACAAAACUUUAUUCAUGGAUGCUGAAAUUUGAGCUUUGAACAAUAUUCACGAGUCACAAAAUGACAGUCUUUUGACCAACCCCCCCCCCCAAACAUUCAAAAAUGUAAAAACCAUCCUUAGCUUGUGGGCUGUACAAAAACAGGUGAUGGGCUGGAUUUAGCUCAUGGGCUAUAGUUUGCUAACUCCUGCCUGAUAAAAGAUACGACUGGUUUUAUUUGACUACUUACAACAUAAAGGAAAAGCCAUUAUGUUGUCAUAAAAUAAUUACAUUUUUCUGGACUGAACAGCCUAGGCACUGGUACAAUAAAGGCAGGAAGAAAUAUCUACUCUGGUAUUUGAGUCAAGGCCAGUAUAUGUGGUCUCAUUUACAUCUUUUCCCCUUGAACUAUUGGCAAUAUAUACAUACAUAUAUAUGUACACAGUGAAACUUGUUUUUUCAUUUUCUAGGUAAAAACACAUCAGUAACAAAAUUAUGAAUACUUAUUUACAAAGUUUCCAUUAGCAUGACACUUCAUGAUAAAUUAAAAGUCAGCAUAAAGGAGUAUGUGCAAUUUUGCAUAAGUAAUAAAAAUAUUCAAACUAUCAAUGUCCUGAUGGCACUAAUAAAUUCCACUGGGCAUUUUUUUUUUUUACUUCAGAGCUUUUAUUUUCCUUUUCUCCUCAUAUACCUUGCUAUGGUGAGAAGAAACUGCAGCAGCAGCAAAGUCUUGUCAGUCAUAGGUAUAUACUCUUUCAGCGAGCAUUCAGUGUCUGCACAGAACUUUGCUUUGGAACCAAACCAUUAAUCUGCUGAAGAUCAAAGUACAGAUUUGUGUGUUUAUUGAUUUGGCAAUUUUGUUUCUCAAGAAAUGUACUAGUCACCAGUAUGUUUUAAUCCUGCUCUCUACUUGAACAUCCAUCACUCAUCACUGAGUUACAGAAAUGCUGAUUCCAUACAUGUUCCCAAUGAUAUCAUGUAAGGUGAUUUAAGAAUUUUCCACAUGGAUCCUUUGCUCUGUUACAUGGACAAAUCAAUAAAUAGAAAUGCAUCAGUUUAUUUCCACACGAGUAAAGAUUUUUUUCACAUGAUGCUGUGACUUCUGUUCAGUCCAUAGAAAAACAAUCCCUUUUUCUAGAAUGGAAAAAUACCUUCUCUUCAUCAAGAGACUGUCAGAAGUUUGAAAACUAGAGGAAUAUGUUCUUGGUUCCCUCUCAUUCCUCCUACAAAUGGAUAAACAGUGGGAAAAGAAAAGGACGAAUGUUAACAUUCUAGCUAGAAAUGUGUACAACUGGUCAUGUGGACUUUUUCCAUCUUUUCUGAUUGUUACUACUUCAGUCUCACUUAAAUUGUGCUUUUAUUCUUCCUUGGAAUGGCAGUUCCAGGAAUCAUUAAAUAGAACAUUAACAAAUGAUGACAUCAGAGUUCCCAGAAAUAGAAAUAUCCAUCUAUUGUAAUACAAGUCCAACCUAAAGGGAGGAAAGAAAUGGAAUAAUAAGAACAGGUAAAAGGUAAACAAAACAAAAUUAUAGUGUAAUAGAUCUAUAUUUAAAAAAAAAAAACAAAACUAGAGAAAACCUCUCAAUCCUCAGGGAGUAAGUAUGGGAUAUUCUAUUUAUUAAGUUUACAAAGGGUACAUUGACAUCACUUACCUUUUCAGAUUCUGUUCCUGGACAUCUCCAGUUGUACAAGUAAUAUUGUAAAUUUCCAUCUCCUAUACCAAACUUGAGUUUUUCCAAGAAUGUUUUAUUUUCCAUCAAAUCUAGUGCAUUGAAUACAUCAAAUCCUUUCUGCCAAUAUAAAAUGGAUUUACAUUUUUAAAUGUCAAAGGACUAGUGUUUUCUGUAUAAUGUAUUUUUGUAUAACAUUUAAUUCCUCUAUUAAUAGCUUGAAUGUGCAUUUAUAGUAAGAUUUAAUGUCUGCAAUACAUAGUAUAGGUUAAGAAUUCAGUUCAAAACUGUCUUGUUACAGUAGCAAUGAGCCAGCAGAAUUAUCCAGAAAUGGUGAAUCAAAAAAUAUGGUAUGAUGGCUGAUACUGACAUAAAACCAUCUAUUAGUACUUUGAGACUUUUUGUCCCUAUUUUAAAAGGAAAGAGUUAUCUAGAAGGUCCCAUUUCCACUACUGUUACUGGUUUUUCUAAGCUCUGAUUUACCUGAAGCUAUAGCCAAGAAACCAAAGUUUUAAAGACUUGAAAUAGUAUAUUUGUCUUAAGCUGAUACUAGGAAAUAAAUGUAGUAAAAUUUAAAUAGUAAAAGUAAAAUUUCUUUGAAAUGUUAUUACUGUAUAAAAUGUGCUACCGAGCGAGUACUUAAAUUUCUUUUUCUCGGUUGUUACCUUAAGUAACUCAGUACUAGCAUUUUGGGGGAAGGAGCAAUAGGAUCAAUGAAUCUGAGGAUAAUGUUGGUUUUGGGAUCCAGAAGUAAUAGAUUUUUUAAAAAAGUUUUUAAUGAUCGAAUACUAUAUAAACAAAUCAUUUUUAUGUGUUAUUCUCAAUUUCUCAUGAACAAUGCUUUUUCAUUUAAUAAUUAACAUCAAAAUGUAUCUGUCAGCUGAUUUCAAUUUUUUUUAAAGGAAAAUGUUUAUUUGUAGCAAGAAUUUAACAAUUAUCCCAAUUGCUACUAUGAGGAAACAGAAAAAUAAUGCAAAUUUAGUAUGGCAUGUUUUGAAUUUCAUUCCUUACAUUUUAAAUUCCUUUACUUUUUAUAACCCUCUUAAUUUGAA